AUGUCAGGCCUGAAUGCUGGUAUGGGAUCUGCUCGUGGUGAUCAACUGGAUGCAGGAUUUGCGAAGCUUCAAGGCGAAGACUUCCAGUACAUCAUGCAAUCUUAUGAAAUCAUCGUGGGACGCAAUUCCAAGAAAGGAAAUGUAGACAUAGAUCUCAGCACCGUUGGCGAAGAUAGGGAUGUUUCCCUCCGCCAUGCACGCAUCUUCUAUGAUUUUCAACACCGCUCGUUUGCCCUUGAGCUUACUGGAAAGUUCACUGCGAUAUGGCCCUAUGGCAAUGCCCAAAAGUACCUGGCACCAGAGGAUGGCUCAUCAACCAGAACAGCAGAGAGGCCAUGGCACAGGCUGUUGGAGCUGCUCAAGAAUCACCCGGAGAGGUUUAUCAUGAGUUCAAUCUCUAGAGGCACAAUAACAUUAGAGUUCGUUUCGCUGGUCAGCUUGGCUGAUAAGUUUUGCUCCCCUGAGGUUGAUCAGGUCACUGCCAGGUGGCAGAAGCUCCCCAAUGACCCUUCAAGAAGGGAAACGGCGCCCAAAGGCAUCGCCGUCAUCGUUGCCGACAAGGUCGGCACAAGGCUUUCGCUUGAAGCAUCCCAACCUGGUCGUCUCCGCAGAUGUCAGCGCUUGAUUCCAGCAACACAAGACCACUCCAUCCCCAUGCCAGUCACGGUGAGCGUCCCCGCUAGGUCCAGCAAGAAGCUCCGAAGACACGACCGCUCACCUCGAGCAUCCACACAAAAAGGAGUUGGAGCAACCUUGGCUGCCACCAGCACCCAACCUCCCACCACCGGCCACACGUCUCCACCACCGCCAGAUCAUGCCCCGCCGGCAGCAUCCUCCGCCGACCCCCCGGCCGUGGCCACAGAAAACAGCCACCCGAGCAAGCUGCUGCCACAGGAGAGACCGGAUCUGGACGCUAUGAAGCCUCACAGACCAAGCAGAGCAGCUCACCUUCUCCACCUUGCUAUACGUGCCACCACGCCGCACCUGCCCCGCAUCUCCGCCCCGCCAUCCUCCAGACACGGCCACCGGGAGCACCGGCAGAGCGAGUGA